AUGGAGUCUACCGCCAAGGAACCAAUCCAGUCCGUUCAAGUCUUCGGGAGGAAAAAAACUGCUACCGCCGUUGCGUACUGCAAGCGUGGACGUGGACUGAUCAAGGUCAAUGGGAGACCGUUGGAGCUCGUUGAGCCGAAAAUGCUUCAGUUCAAGCUGCAGGAGCCUAUUCUCCUUCUUGGGAAGGAACGAUUCGCCGACGUUGACAUUCGCAUUCGUGUGAGUGGUGGCGGUCAUGUCGCUCAGGUGUACGCCAUUCGUCAGUCUCUAGCAAAGGCGUUGGUUGCGUACUACCAGAAAUAUGUUGACGAAGCUUCGAAGAAGGAAAUCAAGGAUAUUCUGUCUCAGUACGAUCGUACUCUCCUGGUUGCUGACCCGAGGCGUUGCGAGCCCAAGAAAUUCGGCGGUCCUGGUGCCCGUGCACGGUACCAGAAGUCUUAUCGUUGA